AUGAACACUCACACUGGAGAGAAGCCUUUUAAGUGUGAAACAUGUGGGAAAACCUUCACUCAAUCCUCAUGCCUUACUAAACAUAUGAAAAUACACACUGGAGAAAAGCCUCUUAAGUGUGACAUAUGUGGGACAACUUUUACUCAAACCUCAUACCUUACUCAGCAUAUGAGAACACACACUGGGGAGAAGCCUUUUAAGUGUGACAAAUGUGGGAAGGCCUUUGCUGCUUACUCAUAUCUUAGUAACCAUUUCAGAACUCACACUGGAGAGAAGCCUUUUAAGUGUGACACAUGUGGGAAAACUUUCGUUCAAUCCUCAGGCCUUUCUCAACAUAAGAAAACUCACACUGGAGAAAAACCUUUUAAAUGUGACACAUGUGGGAAAACCUUCAGUCAGUCCUCAUACCUUUCUCGACAUAUGAGAACACACACUGGAGAGAAGCCUUAUAAAUGUGAUACAUGUGGGAAAGGCUUUGGGUUUUCUUCUAUUCUUCGUAGACAUUUACAAUCUCAUACUGGGAAGAAGACUGCUAAAUGUGAAAAAUGUGGGAAAACCUUCACUCGAGCCUCAGGCCUUACUCAACAUAUGACAACACACACUGGAGAGAAGCCUUAUAAGUGUGACAAAUGUGGGAAGGCCUUUGCUGAUUCCUCGUGUCUUACUAAACACGUUAGAACUCACACUGGAGAGAAGCCUUUUAAGUGUGACAGAUGUGGGAAGGCUUUUGCUGUUUCCUCACGUCUUACUAAACAUUUUAGAACUCACACUGGAGAGAAGCCUUUUGAGUGCAAUAUAUGUGGGAAAACAUUUACCACUUCUUUGUCUGUUACCAUGCACAAGCGAAGGCACACUGGAGAGAAACCAUAUUCUUGUAAGGAACGUGGGUAG